GCGGGCCUGCCCGGUGACGUGCGCGUGCGCGCGCCCGAGGUGAAGGCGGAAGCGGAAGUCGGGGGCGCGCCGGCUGGCAGGGAGGGAGUGCCGCGGCGUCGGGUCGGCUCCGGGGUCGCCAUGGGGCGCGGCAGUGGCACCUUCGAGCGUCUCCUAGACAAAGCAACCAGCCAGCUUCUGCUGGAGACCGACUGGGAGUCCAUCCUCCAGAUUUGCGACCUGAUCCGCCAGGGGGACACACAAGCAAAGUAUGCCGUGAGUUCCAUCAAGAAGAAAGUCAACGACAAGAAUCCCCAUGUGGCCUUGUAUGCCCUGGAGGUCAUGGAGUCUGUGGUGAAGAACUGUGGGCAGACCGUCCAUGACGAGGUGGCUAACAAGCAGACCAUGGAGGAGCUGAAGGAGCUACUGAAGAGGCAGGUAGAAGUAAAUGUCCGAAAUAAGAUCCUGUAUCUGAUUCAGGCCUGGGCACACGCCUUCCGGAAUGAGCCCAAGUACAAGGUGGUCCAGGAUACUUACCAGAUCAUGAAAGUGGAAGGACACGUCUUCCCAGAGUUCAAGGAGAGCGACGCCAUGUUCGCUGCAGAGAGAGCCCCCGACUGGGUGGACGCCGAGGAGUGCCACCGCUGCAGGGUACAAUUUGGAGUGGUGACCCGAAAGCACCACUGCCGGGCGUGUGGCCAGAUCUUCUGCGGCAAGUGCUCCUCCAAGUACUCCACCAUCCCCAAGUUCGGCAUCGAGAAGGAAGUACGCGUGUGCGAGCCCUGCUACGAGCAGCUGAACAAGAAAGCAGAGGGAAAGGCCUCCGCUACGACAGAGCUGCCCCCGGAGUACCUGACCAGCCCCCUGUCGCAGCAGUCCCAGCUGCCCCCGAAGAGGGAUGAGACGGCCCUUCAGGAGGAGGAGGAGCUGCAGCUGGCCCUGGCCCUGUCACAGUCAGAGGCCGAGGAGAAGGAGAGAAUGAGACAGAAGUCAGCAUACACCGCAUACCCCAAGGCAGAGCCCACACCCGUGGCCUCAUCAGCGCCCCCCGCCAGCAGCCUGUACUCUUCACCUGUGAACUCAUCGGCGCCUCUGGCUGAGGACAUGGACCCCGAGCUUGCCAGGUACCUCAACCGGAACUACUGGGAGAAGAAGCAGGAGGAAGCUCGGAAGAGCCCCACGCCCUCCGCGCCUGUGCCCCUGACGGAGCCUGCCGCCCAGCCUGGGGAGGGGCACACAGCCCCUGCCAGCAUGGUGGAGACUCCUCUCCCGGAGACAGACUCUCAAUCCAUGACUCCCUCCAGCGGCCCCUUUAGUGAGCAGCAGUACCAGAACGGGGAGUCAGAGGAGAGCCAUGCGCAAUUUCUGAAGGCCCUGCAGAACGCCGUCACCACCUUUGUCAACCGCAUGAAGAGCAACCACGUGCGAGGCCGCAGCAUCACCAAUGACUCGGCCGUGCUCUCCCUCUUCCAGUCCAUCAAUAGCAUGCACCCCCAGCUGCUGGAGCUGCUCAACCAGCUGGAUGAGCGCAGGCUGUACUACGAGGGCCUCCAGGACAAGCUGGCGCAGAUCCGCGAUGCCCGGGGGGCACUCAGUGCCCUGCGGGAGGAGCACCGGGAGAAGCUGCGCCGGGCAGCUGAGGAGGCCGAGCGCCAGCGCCAGAUCCAGCUGGCCCAGAAGCUGGAGAUCAUGCGGCAGAAGAAGCAGGAGUACCUGGAGGUGCAGAGGCAGCUGGCCAUCCAGCGCUUGCAGGAGCAGGAGAAGGAGCGGCAGAUGCGGCUGGAGCAGCAGAAGCAAACCAUCCAGAUGCGGGCCCAGAUGCCUGCCUUCUCCCUGCCCUAUGCCCAGCUCCAGGCCAUGCCUGCAGCCGGGGGCGUGCUAUAUCAGCCCUCAGGCCCAACAAGCUUCCCCGGCACCUUCAGCCCAGCAGGCUCGGUGGAAGGCUCCCCCAUGCACACGGUGUACAUGAGCCAGCCGGCCCCGGCCGCCAGCGGCCCCUACCCCAGCAUGCCUGGGGCCGGAGCAGAUCCCAGCAUGGUGAGCGCCUACAUAUACCCAGCAGGGGCCUCUGGCACACAGGCCGCCCCCCAGGGCCCUGCUGGGCCCACCGCCAGCCCAGCCUACUCGUCCUACCAGCCCACUCCUACACAGGGCUAUCAGAACGUGGCUUCCCAGGCUCCGCAGAGCCUCCCAGCCAUCUCCCAGCCUCCGCAGUCCGGCACCAUGGGUUACAUGGGGAGCCAGUCGGUGUCCAUGGGCUACCAGCCUUACAGCAUGCAGAAUCUCAUGACCACCCUCCCCAGCCAAGAUGCCCCUCUGCCACCCCCACAGCAGCCCUACAUCCCAGGGCAGCAGCCCAUGUACCAGCAGAUGGCACCCUCGGGCGGCCCUCCACAGCAGCAGCCCCCCGUGGCCCAGCAGCCACCUGCACAGGGGCCGCCGGCACAGGGCAGUGAAGCCCAGCUCAUCUCAUUCGACUGACCCUGGGCCGGGAGCUUGCUAUGCAGAGUAACACCGCAGUUCUCCAAAACUGUCGCCUCCGUGUCUAACUAGCCGCACCCUCUCCUCUUUCCUCUUACACCGUGUAGUGUCCCUGCUCCAUGUGAGCAGAGGGGGGCCCUUCACCCUGGCCCUCCUCCCUUUUUCUGUCCUUGCCUGCUGGCUCUUCAUCCCCCAGGCCCCAUCCUCGUCCUUGUCUCUCUAGUUGGUCUCUGACUUCUUUCCCCAAGGCGGGGGCCUCAGGGAGGAGGCUGGGAGGGAAGGACCUUCUCUGAGAGGAAGCCCCUAGCCCAGUGGGUCAGGUCCCUCUGCCCCGUGCAGCCCGUGCCCUCCCAUCCCCACCUGUGAGACCACGGGGCUGGUGGUCUGUGACUAAUGUUGGUGCUCCCCGGAGCCCUCCAGCAUGGCCCCUGGGCUGUCAGCAGGGGUGCCCUUGGCCCUCACAGGAAGGGUGGGGGCUUGUCUCCAGCUUCUCUGCUUCUGAGCUGUCAUCUCAUCCAGUGCCCCAAGUAGACGGAAUGGAACAGUGAUAAUAAAAUGUCCUUCAACAGGU